UGGACACCAUGGACCCUCCAAAGGUGGCAAUCGGGGCAGCCCAGGUCAGCGUCUCCAUCAAUAUUUCAGCUGCUGAUGAUGUCAGAAAGCCCUAUAAAGAGCCUCCUAGAAAGCUUCCCGUCAGCAGCACCAUGGUCAACAGCAGAGCCCUCCUCCUCGCCGUGGCGGUCUGCUGCUGCAGCCACUUCCUGCGGCUGACUCGGGCCGAGGACGCCUCCAUGGAGACGCGCUCCUUGGACUUCCCGCUGAAAAGACAGCAGGAAAAAGACCUGAUUGAUGCUUUACAAGAAGUCCUGGAGAAGUUGAGGAACAAAGAGAUGCCGUCUGAGAAGAAGCUUGGCUGGCUUCCAUCGUGCGACGCCGGGGAGCCCUGUGCCGUGCGGAAAGGCGCACGUAUCGGCACGCUCUGCAGCUGUCCCAGGGGGACUUCCUGUAACUUUUAUGUCCUCAAGUGUUUGUGAAAAAAAAAAAAGAGAACAGUCCUGACAUAAAAAAGAAAAAAGAAAGAAAAAGAAAAGGGGGUUGGUGAGCAAACAUUUGUUGAAGCCUCUUUUUUAAGUGAAAUUAAAAUUGUUGUGAUUUUUUGCAAAUGUUGAAGGGGAGUGUUGGUGUUUAAUACAUCUGAUGUUGUUAUAAAAGCCAGAAUAGCAUCGGAUGGUGCUGUGGUUGUGUGGCCUCCUGAACAUUUCUCAUUAAAAGAAGAAACAAUUUGCUGUAUUUUAUCAUCGCCUAAAGUGUGAAGCUGAGGGAAGAUCUUUUUCUAUACGCAUCCUUUGUUGGCAUGUUGUUUCAUUGACAGAAUCAUUUUUUGGAUUAGUAGCAAUAAUUACAAAUACUUACAUUCAAAUCUAUGUUUUUUUUUUCCAAUUCAACUCAUAUUGUUUACAGAUGUAUACGACAUGAAAUACUACAUAGAUCACAGGCGUCAAACUCAUUUGAAUAAUAUCUGUGCACAAAUCAUGGCAUUAAAACUAAAGAAUGAAGACAACUUCCAAUUGUU